AAUGGCUUCCGAAAGACUACUUCUGACACACCUUCCGGUGGAACUGAUAGGGCACAUAUUUUCCUUUCUUCCGUUGAGUGAUCGUAAGUCAGCUUCAUUGGUGUGUCAGCUAUGGAGCAAUCUGGCUUUCAAUGUCAAAUUCCUACGCAAAAUAACUCUCAGUCUAAGCUUAGAGCACAAUAGUCCUGUGAUGCAAUACCUCCGGAAAAGCUCCCGUUCAUAUCGUAAUGUCGAGAUAAUGUCACAUUUUAUACACAAUUACGAGAAGAUCAACGAUAUUCUAGAUGUGCUCGGUGCCAAUUUGGAGAGCUUCUGCUGUUUCAACGAUUUAUCUGAAGAAGAACUAUGUAACGUGUUAGUUCGUUCGCCAAAUCUGGAGCAGCUGAUAGUCAGAGUGCACGCUUCGGACCUGAAUCGUUACCAUUUGUGCUAUCCCGAGAUGAAUAAAAUGCGUGCCUUGCACUCAAUGAUAAACGUGCUACAAAUCCGGAAUCUGUGUGCCGCGAACUUAUCGCACUUGAGUAUAAAAUUCUACGACGCAAUGGAUGCAAAUAGAUCCAUCCCAGUAAUACGUCGACUGGCACCACAGCUGAAGAGUCUGGAGUGGGUAUCAGCGAACUAUUUCGUCCCACUCGAUGAUCUACAGUUUCCAAACGUUGAGAUUCUGAAACUAGGUGUACAGGUUUGCAGAACAGGUGACAGUACGUUGGAGACAUUCUUUGCUGGGUUUAAAUACUUGAAAAAAGUCGAACUCACCUUCAACAUCAGUGAGAUAGUGCUCGACGUACUCACCAAAGCGUGUCCCGAUAUUCAAGAAUUAAAAGUUAAUUACAAUUCGUUAAAUUCUAACUCGUUCAGCUUGUUAAAGCUUCUUAAAAGUCUUAAGACUUUGAGUCUCUCCGGAAGAAACGAUUUCCCGAUUAUCAACGACGGCCACCCAUUGGUGAAUGUAAAGCAACUCAGCCUGUCGUUGCUCAGCCGGAAUAGUGAUUCCAGUGUAAUCGAAGGAUUCCGACAGUUGCUUCCGAACGUGAUCGAUAUGCGUGCAGAACUUUUCGCGAAUUCUUAA